AUGUCUUCUGCCCCCGUUCCGCCAUCCUCCGCAUCAUCUCAGAACACCAGUGACACAAGCACCCCAAAACAAAAACCAAUCCUGGCGGUCUUAUCGGUGAUUACUCUGCUGAUUGCGAUUGCUAUCGCUGGCUUUUGGGGGUAUACGGGAAGUACUAGCGCUACGGACGACGCCAAUCUGUUCGGUCUUAGACGAUUUUUUGGUGCGGGUGGUAGGGCUGCUUCUGCUUCGCGGGGGUUUGCUGCUAGUACUUCUACUGCUACCAGUGGUCGUGUUCUGGAUCAAGUGAAGAAGUUGGGAGAAGGAGUUGAAGAUCGAGUUACUAUGGCGAGGACACCGGUUUAUUUUUUGAGCCAUGGUGGGGUGGGUUUUUUAUCUUCUCCGUUUUGUUGUUUUUGUAUGAUUUGGGACGGGUUGGGAUGCUGAUUAUGCGCAGCCAAAUAUCAUGUAUGAUCAUGAGCACCCGGCGUAUCACAAGUUGGCUGAGAUUGGGAAGGAAAUCACUACUAAGGUGAAGCCGCGCGCGGUCGUGGUUUUCUCGGCUCAUUGGCAGGCUGGGAGGGAUACUAUCCAAGUUAAUACGGCGGAGAUUACUGAUUUGAUUUAUGACUUUUAUGGCUUCCCUAGCCAUUACUACAAGGAGAAGUAUCCUAAUGUUGGAAGUCGGGAGGUUGCGAAUAAGGUCUUGGAUGCGCUGAGCCAGGCGGGUAUUAAGGGUGAGGGGGUGAAGAGAGGACUCGACCAUGGUGUGUGGGCGAGUUUCAAGUGCGCCUUUGAGCCUGAGAAGAACCCUCUGAAUGUUCCUGUGGUGCAGGUAUCGCUGUUCAAAACGGAGGAUCCUAUCCAACAUUACCGACUGGGUCAGGCGGUUUCGAGACUCCGUGAGGAGAACAUCUUGAUCAUUGUCUCCGGUAUGGCGGUGCAUAACCUGCGCGAUAUGCAAUUCACCUGGGGUGACCCGCGGCCUUUGCCGUAUACUGCCAGCUUCGAUGAAGCUCUGAAGGAGGCCGUCACGAAAGCGCCGGCGGAGCGAGAACAGGCUAUGGCAGAUUUGCUGAAACGUCCGGAUGCUCGGCAGGCCCACCCGUACUUCGAUCAUCUGCUUCCAAUUCAUAUUGGAGCCGGAGCUGCGGGCGAUGAUGUUGGGAGGAGACUGUGGACCUUGAAGGAGGGAAGCAUGAGUUGGGCGCAGUAUAGAUUCGGCGAGAUUGCCAACAGUACUAGUUCUUUGUAG